UAAGCUCGGGCACCUAGUUUUGGCCCGGGUGUAGUUUUGGCCCACCUCACCAAAACGCGUACGCCCGAUUCAACGCGCGAUAUCUCAACACCACCACUCUCAAUAUGGACGCCCGUGAGCAAGCUAUACAAUUAGCUAUCCGCGAUCUCGAAUCUGGUGUUUAUACAAGCCAGAGAGCUGCUGCUGCCGCUUGGGGCAUACCUCGAUCGUCGCUACGCGCUAGAUUAGCUGGCCGCCUUCCACACGCGAUAGCUCAUCAAAACCAGCAGCGAUUAAGCUCAGUACAAGAGGAUUUUCUAGUUAAUUAGAUACUAGACGAGGACUCACGCGCACAGCCGCUAUCUCAUGCCCGUGUGCGAGAAAUAGCGACUCGGAUACUCCGACUCAGUAACGAUCACGAUCCACUUGGCCAACGCUGGCUACAAUCCUUUAUGGCACGCCAGCCCCGAGUCUCUAGUAUUAUCGGCCGAUCAAUCAAGGUGGCUCGGGCUGACGCUGCGAGUCCAGCCAUCGUACGCGCGUUUUUGGAGCUCUUUGAACGUACCCGGAUCGAGCUCAAUAUCAAGCUUGAUGAUAUAUAGAAUAUGGAUGAGACUAGGAUCGCACUAGGAGUAUGUACAAACACCAGAGUAAUUGCUAGGGCUAGUAAACGUAAGGCUUAUAUCAAAGCUCCAGGGAAUCGGGAGUGGGUAUCAAUUAUCGAGUCGGUAUCAGCCACCGGGCGAAAACUCAGGUGUAUGGUAAUCUUCAAGGGCAAGUCUCUCCAUACUACAUGGUUC